AUGCUGCCCAGCUUCAAAUCUUUAUUGCACAAGAUUUAUGAUUUGGAUGCUACAUCAACAGGCUUCGAUAACACUACAACAUCAGCCACAAAUAAAAGUUUACCAUCUACAAUUGCACUUAAUGCCAAGUACGACCUUAUUAUUUAUAGACAAAACUCUUUAUCGUUUGUUCUACUAUGUUCAAAGGACGAUGUUGGAGUAAAAAUAACGAGUUCCUCAGCGAAUCCAUUGCUUCCAAAUACAUUUAUUGAGCGACUUAUAGAGACUUUGGAAGAAUUUUUUGGCGAGCUCAGUAGCUCUAAAAUCAGCAAUCAUAAUGAUGUCGUAACAUUGAUCCUCUACCAGAUGCUCGACGAUGGGUCUCCAAAUAUCACGGAUUUCAAUAAAUUGAGGGAUUUGGUCAAGCACAACUCAUUGCUCACAAAGAUUUUAAACGAGGCACAGAGAACAACUGGGUAUAAUCAAAGCAAUACGGGACAAGCCUUUUCGAAUGAUAUACCUUGGAGAAGAGCCGAUGUGAGACAUACGAGCAAUGAGAUGUAUGUUGAUGUCAUUGAGACUGUUAGUUUAUUGAUCAAACCCAUAGUCAAAAGAAACAAAGUUGAACAUUUUGAUUCUGCAUUCUACUCAAGCAAGAACGACAGUCUGGUGGACAACUAUAUAUUGAACGGUCAUAUUGAUGGAAGAAUUGAUUUCUUGUGCCACUUGACGGGUGUUCCCACGCUUGAGUUAAUUCUCAACAAAGUUGGGGCACAUCUAGAGCUACCGAGCUUGCAUCGAUGCGUGAACUAUGAUCUCUUUAGAGAACGCAGAGGCGUGCUUUCAUUUAUACCUCCAGAUGGUAAGACUACGUUGAUGAAGUAUGAUGUUGACUUGAAUCAGAUGCAGAGCUAUAAGGAAAAAAUGAACCUCAUCAAACUUGGUACAAUUGACGUUCAAUUUGUGACCAAUGAAUCUUCGUCGGAUUUUGAGAUAAAGAUUUUCCCAGCUCAAAUGAUUAAUAAAGUUGAAUUUGUGAAAAUAAAAAUAGUUUGUGCUGAUUCAAACGACCAAGUUAAAGUGAAUCGAAUUACACAUGGUGAUUUUCAAAACAAGAUAAACAGAAAACACGAAUGGAGCAUUAGAGAAAUUAAAAAAAAUGUAGUACCAACAUUGAGUGGCUCAAUUGUGACAGAUGCCGAUAAUGAUGACGAACAGGAAAACGGAAAAGAGGUACAAGAGAAAGAAAUUGCAGGAGGAAGAGAAAGAGAAAGAGAAAGAGAAAAACAGAACCACAAAAAUGAAGAUGAAGCUAUAGCAACAUCCCGUCAUAAAGCUCCUUUGUAUUUGGAAGUUGAAUAUUGUCACAAAGGGUCAGUACCCAGUGGUCUCAAAGUUGAGAGUUUAAAGAUUAAAAGCGCAAGAGGGUUGGGUGAGAAUGUUAAGCCUUUCAAAGGUGUAAAAUAUAUUACAAACUCAGGUCAUUAUAUAGUUCGAUCGUGA